AUGAUCAGGUUAGCUUCUCCUUCCCUCCGCCGCUGCUGCACCUCCGCCUGCCCUGCUGCCGCCACUCGCAUCAACGACGCCCAAGGUCGCUCGCUCCUACUCCCCCUACCUGCACCUCUCCUCGCCUCCCACUCUCUCCCACUCUACCACACUCCUCUUCUCUCCAUCUCACAUGUUCAUUCUCUCACUCCCCUCCUCUCUCGCCCCCUCUUUCCCACUCCCAUCCACAACCUCCUCCUUGCAAGUGAUUUACCUCCUUUCCCUUCAACCCUAUUCCUCUCCCUCUGUCCCUCUCGCUCUUCCUCUGCCCAACCUCCCCAGCUGCUCUCUCCUCUCCUCCACCUCUUCCCGCCCUCCUCCCUGCCAAACCCUCUGGCAGCGCUGGUGCUGGAGGAGUGUGGCACAGCAUGGGGAUUGUCGGCGAACGAGUGGCACGUGGGGGGCGAGUGCGACACGGCGCAGUUCAUUGCCUGCGAUGCCAACGGGCUCGUCACUGCGCGCUGGCCUCGCUCGCCCACCUGUGAGGCAGAGGGACACGUGGAGGGAGGGAAGGAUGGAGGGAGGGAGGGUGGGAGGGAGGGUGGGAGGGGGGAAGGGAGGGAGGGAUGGGGGGAGGGAGGGAGUGGGGGAGGGAGGGAAGGAGGGCGGGAAGGAGGGAGGGAGGGGGGGGGUGAUCUGCAGUCCAACGCGCUAAACGAGUCCAUUCCAGAUGCCAUCUCGCAGAUGACUGCUCUCACAGGCCUCACAUCCUUCACGUGCUCUCAUGUGUCACCUCACCUCUUCUCACGUCACACCAUCGUCCCCCCUUGUCUUAUGGCUCAUGGCAUGAAUGCUUACGGCAUGGUUGUACCUGUCCCUCUGUGUGCUCUCACCAUACUCGUCCAUGGGCCUUCAUGGCCCACCCAGCAGCUUUUAGCGCUCCACAUCCUGGUAGCCAUAGACGAGCAUGCAGCCACAGACGACCCAGCAGCCGUGGACGACCCAGCAGCCGUGGACGCCCCAGCAGCCGUGGACGCCCCAGCAGCCGUGGACGCCCCAGCAGCCACGGACGAAGCAUCCCGCAGGAUUUCCUGCCCGGAAGGGCAUUCUUGCCUUCUUGUCUGCCUGCCUUUGGUUUCAUGCUCUCUGGACGACAACAAGCUGGGAGGCACCAUCUCUGAAGCUCUGAGUACCCUCACCAAUCUGACUUACCUGUCAGUUGCUCCCUCCCUCCCACGUCCUUCCCUGCCUCACAGACCCUCCCUGCGUCACAGCCCUAGCCUACCCUUCCCCCAGGCUCACACCACGGCUGCGCAUCUUUUACCCUGCGUCGCUCUCCCUGCGUUGCUCUCCCUGCGUCGCUCUCCCUGCGUCGCUCUCCCUGCGUCGCUCUCCCUGCGUCGCUCUCCCUGCGUCGCUCUCCCUGCGUUGCUCUCCCUGCGUCGCUCUCCCUGCGUCGCUCUCCCUGCGUCGCUCUCCCUGCGUCGCUCUCCCUGCGUCGCUCUCCCUGCGUCGCUCUCCCUGCGUCGCUCUCCCUGCGUCGCUCUCCCUGCGUCGCUCUCCCUGCGUCGCUCUCCCUGCGUCGCUCUCCCUGCGUCGCUCUCCCUGCGUCGCUCUCCCUGCGUCGCUCUCCCUGCGUCGCUCUCCCUGCGUCGCUCUCCCUGCGUCGCUCUCCCUGCGUCGCUCUCCCUGCGUCGCUCUCCCUGCGUCGCUCUCCCUGCGUCGCUCUCCCUGCGUCGCUCUCCCUGCGUCGCUCUCCCUGCGUCGCUCUCCCUGCAUCGCUCUCCCUGCGUCGCUCCGCCUGCAUCGCUCUCCCUCCUGCAGACACAUAAAAACCUCUAUGCAGGCUGCUAUCCUCUAUGGAGCUGUCCAACAACGACAUAUCCGGGCCCCUCCCCACCACCGUCAGGGGGCUCGCCCGCGUGGAAGCCCUCCAUUCAUAUGACCCUUUCUGUUGCCUUCCUCCCCGGUUCUCCUCCCCAAUUCCUCCUCCCCGGUUCCUCCUCCCUAGUUCCUCCUCUUUCCCCUUGCCCAGCUCCCUCCUCUUGCGCCUCCCUCUCAAAUCCUCCCCCCUUCCAACCUCUCUCCCCUCUUCUUUCCCCUUUCUACCCUUCCAUCCGCCUUGGUUUCUCGGCCAGGAUGCUAGACGGCAACGCAUUUGAGUCUCCUGUCCCCACAAGCUUGAGUAAACUGCGGGCGCUGAAGCGCAUGGACCUGAGCAAGAACAAGUUCUCAGAGGACUUUCCGACAUUCCUCACCCAGAUGACACGAGUGGAGCACAUGACGCUGAGUGUUGACACGCCCCAUAUCACCGCAUCUCCUCCCCUCCCUCCCCCACCAUCCAUCUUCGCAGGAAGCUGA